AUGGGCGACAUGGGGCAGCAGAUUGGUGGAUCUCUCGUGGAUCGUCGCAAGGGGAACAGCGACGAUUCAUGGAUGCUACCUCGGCAUGGACCCUCGGCAUGGACCCUCUCCUCCCGUGUGAAAAGUCCCAAAAAUGAGGAAUCAGAAGGAAAUCAAAAGCAGUCACAAGCUGUCAACAAAGCCGAGGAAGAUGGCAAAAAAGGGAUGGAGAACUGGUGGGUUGGUGGGUCGAGUGCAGGAAAGUGGGGAAGGGGGAAGGGGAAGGGACGGGCAUCUUGCAUGAGUUGGAAAGUUCAGUACAGAGCUUCACGCCAGCCCCCCGUUUUCACAUGGUCAAUACACACAGCAAUUGAAGAGAGAAUCGGCUCAUCGAUGCAGCAGCCGCCAACUGCGAAGGGAGAAGUAGAAAUUGGCCGAUGGACAGCUAACGAGAGACUCGCUAUCACGAUAUAUGGAAAGCGAGGUUGGGAUAACGCAGGAAUGCGAGAGGCUGUGGCCAACCCGCUGAUGAUCAGAGGUACUAGUAAUAAACGAGGAAAGAUAUACCGAAGGGGAGGCGCUGUCGUUUGCCAGCUAGCUAGCUACAUGUGUCAGCAAGCCUUUUCCGAACCCCAGGAGGUAUGGAAGAAGUGUCUCCGUAUAUACGUACAGGGUGGGCGUCGAGGCCGCCGUCCGAGCAGCUGGGUUAUCAACACGGUUGCGCUUGGGGGUUGGCGCUCGGGGUAA